ACUAACCUCGUGAGUGUGGCAGGGUGGGGAACCCAAGUUUCAUAAGUCACCACGGGUGCAAGACUCACCAUAGCCCAACUAUUGUUUUAAAGUCCGGACGAGUCAAGUCUAGAAAAUAACAUGCUUAGGUUGUGUUUCCUAAACUGNUUUGUUUUCAAUUCACUCCUAUAUGAUNACAUGCUUAAUCUGUCACAUGUUGUUUAUUUAUAUAAUUAGCUCACCCUUGCUUGUUUGUGUUUGUGUUUAUUGCCUGUUUUUUCUUUUGCGAUGAUCAUCCACUUGGAUGUGAGCAGAGGAGAAUGAGGCCUCAGUGGAGAAUGUCCUGGAGGGGAAUGAGGAAACAACUUCUUAGUCUUUCUAGGAAUCUCAUAGCUUUCCAUGUAUCUGAACAAUUCCAAAAGUAGACAUACGUUCAAGUCAAAGGAGGGUGACAGGGGAUUCCCUUCUUACAUAUCUUUGGGUGAACUUUGUGACUCUAGUCGCGGGUUAUUUUAAAUGAUACUUGUAUAAUUGAAACUCAUAUAUUGGUUCAUAUGCUAGAGCAUGAGAAACAAAUUGAUGUAUCAGAUAGGAACAUUAACAAUAAGCUUGUUGAAAGCAUUGAGAAUCGUUCAUCCAUGGAAAUGAUGUCAACCUCAUCAUUUGGUGAGGUGGUGGAUUUUAGGAGUAUAGGAAAAAUAGAAAAAGAUUUUAUUCCUCUAUUGGAAGAUGUUUGUUCACGAUAUCCCUCACUUCUGAAUAGUGAGAAGUGGAGAAGUCAAAGAUUUAUUGAAUGGACUUUAACAGCUUUGGGUAGAGUUCUUUAUUUUCUCAACACUAAAAAGGUGGGAGACAUGGACGAUGAUGCUUGCAAUCAUCUCCAAACUUUAUGGGAGGAACUUGAGACCUUUGGAUUUGAUUUGUCAUGGCUGAGACCUCAUGUUCAAUCUGCCUUAGACAUGAAAACUCGUGUGGGGAGAAUUCUUGAGGUGAAAAGGUUGGAAGAGAAGGUGACUUCUUUAGAGGAGAAAACAAAGGAUAUGAGGACAAAGAUGAUUGAAGCUGAAGUAAAUCUUGAAAUAACAAGAAGAGAAUUGGUGAAAGCAAAAGAAGACUUUGAAAACUGUGAUUUGGACUCUGAACUCGGUUAUGGAAAACCAUGAAUUGCAUAUGUUAAUGAGUAAUGAUGUUGAACUCGGUUAUUGAAGUCCAUGAAUUGCAUGUGAUAACUUUAUUUUCUAGUAUAAUUAUGUUCAUUUAGUAAUAGUAGCUGCUUCUUCUGUGGGUAAUCUUCAUUAAACAGAAACAGAAUAUUGAAUUUAUAAU